AGGUAAGAGUGACCAAAAUUCCGGAUGAUAACGGAAAUCUAAUCGCUUGUGCCACCCACGAUUUUUCUCCAGAAACAGAUCGCACUAUCGGUCUGGAAACAUCACGCCCUACAAAUCUUGUACAAGAUCCGGCAAGCUGCUGCACAGUUCGGCAAGCUCGCACUGAGUUUUUCCUGCGGUGCGAACGCGAAUAAAAGUGUCCGAAGGUAAGAAGUUCCCGAAAAGCCCUAUGCAAAAAGGUCUAACCCCACAUUUGACAACACAGGAGGAACGUGUCAGCCAUCAUCCGGUUAGAGGAUCGGGGUCGGCGAGAUUGACCGCACACGACGGCGUAGUCAGCGAGUCCGGACCGAGCCACACACACCGCGAAUUCACAGAGGAAAACGGGUGUCCGGGCAGCGACCUGAAUAAGGAUAGGACGAUCUGCACCCACUGGCGAACUGGCAACCCACAUCGUUUCGAAGCGCUGAUUCCUUGGCCUGCACGUAUCCGUAGGAACGCUCCGGCUCUUGGUCACUCAACGGAAUCGAUCGGAUCACCCUGUUAUCCGUGCGCGGUGCCAAACGCAUCGCUUCAACUGAACCGUCUCGAGAAAAGGCCUUUCAUAGAAAGUAAGUCUAAUUGCUGCAACAAAACGAUCUGGGGUUAACACGGGCGGAUUUCCGCAGGGCCUUUUCUUUUGUCUUUUGGACUUUCGCAGACAGUACUCCGACGG